CCUGAGAAGUCGAGAUGCGAUCGUGGGGGGCUCCGUCGUGGUACUGGCGCCGCUGGAGGUACUGCUGGUGGUGGGUCGUGUUCGUAGGUUUGGCCGUGGGCUCCGGGGAUAUGGUGUGGAGCUCUGCGGAGGCGUGCCCGUCCUCCUGCUCGUGUAGCGGCUCCCGGAUCUCCUGCGUGGACCCGGAGCGAGGCAUCAGCGGCUUCCCCACGCUGCAGGGCGAGGCGGAGAUGGAGAACAUCACCGACAUUUACAUCGCCAACCAGAGCAGCUUCUCCUCCAUCAACGACAAGGACCUGCACUACUACAGGAACCUCAGGAACCUAACGGUGACCAACAGCCGGCUCACAUAUGUGUCCAAACUGGCCUUUCAGAACAACCUCAAACUGCAAUACCUGAAUAUGAAAGAUAACAACCUGUCAUCACUGUCCUGGACGAUAUUCAGACACCUCAACAUCUCCUAUCUGAUCCUGUCUGGAAACCCACUGCACUGCUCCUGUGAAAACAUGUGGAUCAAACUGACUCUGGGAGAAGAGGCUGACAACCAGGAGCUGCGCUGUACUGAGGACGGAGGAACCAAGAGACCCCUGUCCAGAUUCAACCUGCCCAACUGUGAGGUUCCCGAGGCGACCCUGAGCAUGUCCAAAACUCCGGUGAGGGAGGGGGAUAAUGUCCAGCUGUCCUGCACCACCUCAGGAGUCCCAGCGCCGGAGCAGAUCUGGAACAUGGGGCUCGUCACCAGCUACGAGAUCCAAGCCUCAGGACAAACCUCAGUCCUUCACUUGUACAACAUCUCGUCCUUGGACCACAACGCUAAGAUCAGCUGCACCGCGGAGAAUGUGGUGGGAGAGAAGGAAGCAUAUCUGAUCCUUGACAUCCUCUUCGCUCCAAAGAUCACCAAACUGAGCUACGCCAUCGCCGAUCACCACUGGUGCAUCCCCUUCAGCGUCGCAGGAAACCCAGAGCCAACCCUGACCUGGUACCUGGACGGUAAAGAGGUGACAGAGGGUUUGUACAUAAUGACCAUGAUCCAUGACAUCACAGAGCGCGAGUACCACGGCUGCCUCCAGCUCGACAGCCCCACCCACCUCAACAACGGCCACUACACCCUAGUGGCACAGAACAAGUUUGGCAUAGACCGUAAAGAGGUGGAUGCGCACUUCAUGCACACCCCAGGAGACGGUGAUGAGCCAUAUUAUUACGAAGUAACGACAGAGGGCUACCCAAUCGACCCUCCUGAGGACAGAGUGGCAGUCUAUGUGGUGGUGGGCAUCGCUGCAGUGGCGCUGGUCGGCUUCCUUCUCAUGUUGGUUAUUCUCAAAUUCAGCGGGAACUCGAAAUUUGGCAUCAAAGGGCCUUCGUCGGUGAUCAGUAACGACGACGACUCAGCCUCACCGCUCCACCAUGUGUCCAACGGCAGUAACACGCCCUCCUCCUCCGAGAUGGGCCCGGACGCCGUCAUCAUCGGAAUGACCAAAAUCCCAGUGAUCGAGAAUCCGCAGUACUUCAGGAGCACCAACAGUUUGCUCAAGACAGACACAUUUGUGCAGCACAUAAAGAGACACAACAUCGUCCUGAAGAGGGAGCUGGGAGAGGGAGCGUUUGGGAAAGUGUUCCUGGCUGAGUGCUACAACCUCUCCCCAGACCAAGACAAGAUCCUGGUUGCUGUCAAGACACUGAAGGAGGCCAGUGAAAAUGCCAGAAAAGACUUCCACCGUGAGGCCGAGCUCCUGACCAACCUGCAGCACGAGCACAUAGUGACUUUCUACGGAGUGUGUGUGGAGAGCGACCCCCUCAUCAUGGUGUUUGAAUACAUGAAACACGGGGACCUCAACAAGUUCCUCAGGUCUCACGGCCCAGAUGCUGUGCUGAUGGCAGAAGGAGGUACCACCCGACCUGUGGAGCUCACUCAGUCUCAGAUGUUACACAUCGCUCAGCAGAUCGCCUCAGGGAUGGUCUACCUGGCCUCCCAGCACUUUGUGCACCGUGACCUGGCCACCAGAAACUGCCUGGUCGGGGAGAACCUCCUGGUGAAGAUCGGGGACUUUGGCAUGUCCCGGGAUGUGUACAGCACUGACUACUACAGGGUGGGCGGGCACACUAUGCUGCCGAUCCGCUGGAUGCCUCCGGAAAGCAUCAUGUACAGGAAGUUCACCACAGAGAGCGACGUAUGGAGUUUAGGAGUGGUCCUGUGGGAAAUCUUCACCUAUGGAAAACAACCCUGGUACCAGCUGUCCAACAACGAGGUGAUCGAGUGCAUUACGCAGGGCCGUGUGCUACAGCGCCCCCGCACCUGCCCCAAGGAAGUGUACGACCUGAUGCUGGGCUGCUGGCAGAGAGAACCACACAUGAGACUCAACAUUAAGGAAAUCCACGGCCUCCUUCUCAACCUGGCCAAAGCUUCUCCGGUUUACCUGGACAUCCUGGGAUAAACCACGAACUCGAUCCCUUUUUCCCUCCGCCUUUUCCCGAAUCCCUGAACGCUCGAGUGUGUGCUAGCAUGUGUGCGUGGAGCUAACAUCCCUACACUUUACGGCAAUCUUCAAAAAUGUAUCCGAAGUCCUUACGCAUCUACGGUCCCUUAAACCUACGCUCCUCCCUCCUCUUUCCUUGCGUCUUUCUUCAUCCUGGAAUAUUUUAACUUUGGAAAAACAAAACAAAAAAGAUAUCUAACCUUCGUUCUAAUGCUUUAAAAUCAAACUUGGGGCUCAGAUUUGAUGAAGCCUGGGUUACCGGUCGAAGGAUUUGGUGGCUCCUUUUUUUCCUCUUUGGAUCUUUACCAAAUGGGGAAAACUUCUGGAUCAUUUUUUGCUUGUAAAUAAAAAAAAAAACUGGGAGAUUUUUUUGCUUUUGCUUUUGUUUUUUGGGAUUUCGUGCGAUUCGGAGCCUUGAAGACACUGUGUUCCCUCCUCUCGCCUUUGAGUUGGACUGCGGCCGCUACCAGAGGAGGAGAGGUUACCAUUUGGGAUUCCUUGAAACAAACAAUACAAAUGUGUGUAUUAGAAUUGUACAAAUAGUUUGAAGAUAAUACAGUAACUUUAUAACAAUAUCCUUAACAAUAUCUCAUGCAAGGCUUCAGCUGUAAACAAGUACUGCGUCUCCAAUCGCAAACUUGUGUUAUGUAAGCAAGGCACAAUGACAUACUUCAAAGGGCGCCAUUUUGAUUAGGGCUUAUUAAAAAGUUUGGUAAUGGUAACACUUUAUAAUAACUAACUUUGAUCGCCUUAAUAAAGCACGAGCAAAGUCUUAAUUUCCUAAUCGUAACUCCCUAAUCCGAACGUCUCUAUGUAGCUGCGAAAUCCGAGUCAUUCUUUAACUAUUUAAGAUUUGAUAUUUGACUUUUACUGACUUAAAAGCCU